AUGAGUUUGCCGCGCACUGCAGGAGGAGGGGCAGUUACACCUGGAGGAACAGCUGCACCGACUUUCAACAUACCAUCACCGCCAGGGACUACCAUACCACUCUAUGGCAGUGGAGGACUAACACCGGGGGGCAUGGGACCCGGGUUGCCCAACACGCAGAAUUCGAAGGAUUCUCUGGAGUUCUCCAUCACUACUACCUUAAUUUCCCUUGCUUUGUUGCUUGUUAUUGUUCAACCGAUGUGAGUUCUUUGAAGAGGAAGUACAUUUGUCUAAAUGAGGAG